GCUACUCCCUGCACUCCAGAUAUGGGGGUGCUAAUGUAGUUGUCCUUUGAAACAAGAGAAGCAGUGAGGUUGGAUCAGUUUUUCUCACUUGAAACUUUAUUUGUAGGAGGAUAACAAUUAAACCAAGAAACAAUUUUUAUGAGAAAUUCUGUAUCCAUGAGAAUGCAUAUGACAGGUCCCUGUUCCAAAGAACUUAUUGUCUGAGGCCCCAGUCUCAUAGUUGGAGUCUAAAUGAUGGACUUGAGAGACAUGUGAGGAAGUAAUGCACACAAGGAAGUGGGAUGAGGAAGGAAAUAUAUGAAUUACAGGGGAAGCAGCAGCAUGAAAGAUAUUGACAAAAUUGAAACUUUAAAAGAAGAAUGGAUGUGUAAACAAGGAACUGAUGACCAAAUUCCUAAUGGUACAGAGCAAAGCUGUGAAUUUUUUGUUGAUAACCUUUUUGAAGAAGCUCAGAAGGUUGGUGCUAUAUGCAUGACACCAACUAAAGUUAAGAAUGAAGCUGAUAUAAUUAUUAAACUAUGGAAAAAUGGAUUUACAGUAAAUGAUGGUGAACUUAGAAGCUACAAAGAUGUUGCAAACCAACAGUUCUUGGAUUCGAUUAAAAAAGGGGAGUUGCCAUUUGAGUUACAAAAGACGUUUGAUGAAGUGGAUGUGAAUGUGGAAGAUAAGAAAGACGAGGUGUAUGUAUUAAAGAAGCCAAUAUUUCACCCCUUUUCUGGACAAGGUUACCGGUUAGGCAGUGCGACUCCAAGAAUAAUUUCUAAAGUGAGAAAGGACCUUGAAGCUGAGAACAUAAGGCCUCUUCCUUCAGUAACACUAAGCGAUUUGGAACCAGUCACUAAUAUCCAGAUCUGGUUAGCCGAUGGGGAAAGGAUAGUACAAAAGUUUAAUGUUUCUCAUAGAAUAAGCCAUGUCAGAGACUUCAUAACAAAAUAUCAGGGAUCACAGGGAAGUGUUCCCUUCAGCCUGACCACAUCUCUUCCUUUCCUAGAGCUGCUGAAUGAGACUCUCACUCUGAAGGAAGCUAAUUUGCAAAACGCUGUUAUAGUUCAGAGACUUCAAAAAACAACUGAGCCUUUCAGAAGUUUAUCAUAAUCUUUGGUUUUAAGAGUACAUUGAUUAUGACAGUAGAACUGCUGCUGCAAGUAAUGGCCAAAAAACCAUAAAGACUUGCCCGAACAAAUUAGCUUUCAACUCACCAAAAGGCUACAUAUAAGUUGAACUUAGCUAGACAAAACC